AGAGAUUGUACCAUAGUUUUCUACCCUUGCGAUUUUUCUCGUCCGUCGUCUCCGAGCCGAUGGUGGUUCCAUGCUUGGGCACGUGUCCUCACGCGCGGCCUCGUAAUGGACAUGUGUCAUUCGUCCUCGUGCUCCUGCUCUUCUCUCCUCCUCUCUUGCCUCCUUUUUAGGUUUACAAACUGCGGGAUGUGAGGACGCAGAUCGCGCUGAAAAGAAGCUUCUCCCUUGUUCUUCGCUUCAUCUAGACCCAAUCUGUCUAUCGGAAUGGUAAUAAUCUUCUCGAUUCCUUUACAUACAUACAUACAUAUAUAUAGGCGUCUUGGUGUACAUGUUCAUCCACAGAGGCGUUGAAGGCAAAUAUGAAAUUAAGCCAUUAGGAAUAUGGAUUGAAGGGUGCGUAUGUGUUUGUAUAUAUAUUGACGGAGAGACAGAGAGAGAGGAUUAAAAUGCUUAGUGGCGGAACGAGAACAGUAGAUACUAACUGUUGCCUCCAGGUGAGACAUUGUAAGAAACUCUGGAAAUUGUUCGACCUCAAAAUCGGUGUUCCAUCCCGUAAGACUAGAACCAUGCCGAGGUAAAUCUAACUAUACUAAUCUGAACUUCCGGAGAGGAUUACGUGUCUGAAGAGCACGUUCAAGUUGCUUGAUGCUGGAUUCUUCAGUGAAACUAAGAUUCUGGAGAUUGCCAAGGGGGCGAGAGAAUUCAAUGUUCCUAUUUUUAGAGCCAACAGAAAAUUAGUCGCUACCAAGAAUGGUGGGUUGGAGAAUCCAUCCCCGUUGGUGUUCGAUCCCUCUUGGAACGGAGAAGGUCCUCAAGCACAAACCAAGAAAUUCAAAUACCCUUCUGUAACUGGUGUACAAAGGCCUGAAAAUGAAGAAGAUAUUGCUUUCAUGAGCGUUCUUCAACUUGGCGAACUGAUAAAGACGAAGCAAGUGACUUCCCAGGAGCUUGUUAGGAUAUAUUUGAAACGGUACAAUCCUGUUCUUGAAGCGGUAGUCACUUGUACUGAAGAUUUAGCUUACAAACAGGCUAAGGAAGCUGAUGAGUUGCUUGCUCGAGGAAUUUAUCUGGGACCACUUCACGGGAUCCCAUAUGGAUUGAAGGAUAUAAUCUCGGUGCCUGGAUACAAAACAACAUGGGGUUCGACUUCUUUCAAGGAUCAAGUGCUUGAUAUCGCAUGGGUUUACAAGAGGUUAAAAUCUGCAGGAGUUGUUCUAGUAGCGAAGCUUGUCACUGGUUCGUUGGCCUAUGAUGACAUCAGGUUCGGUGGGCGGACUAGAAACCCGUGGAAUAUCGAGGAAUUCUCUACCGGCUCGUCAGCUGGACCUGCUGCUUCCACAUCGGCUGGAAUGGUCCCGUUUUCAAUUGGCUCGGAAACAGUAGGCUCGAUGACGUAUCCUACAGGCCGGUGCGGCGUAACGGCAUUGCGUCCGACAUUCGGUACCGUCGGUAGAACUGGAGUCAUGAGCAUAUCCGUGAGUCUGGUAAAAAAGCCAUCGUGAAAUAAAUUAACAAGAAAAAGAAAUUUUCUCCUAAGAUAACUCCUGCCGAUAACUCUCGGACAUGAAGUGAUGGGAGAAAUAAUAUAUAUUUCUAAUAAUAUGAAGUAUUGUUCAUCUUUUCAACCCAUGGCUAACCUUCUGCCUCAGUUAGAGUGUUCCGCUAUUAUGAAAAUUGAAAUGUUGACACGCAGUUUAUCACUUGCCAACCCCUUGUUAUAAUUAUUUACGCGCAAAGCACCUUUAUAAUCAUAUGAUUUAUUGUACACAUUGCAGUCUAAUUUAUUGGUCGUGGUGGAUUCUCCUCUU